GGUUGAGCGCCUUGUGAAUGCGCUACCGGAUUUCGAGCGCCUGCGCCUCGGUGAGUAGAUCGCUUCUUUUCUGCUGUUCGAUAUCAUGGCCAGAUCUCGUGUACCUUGCGAGGAUAAACGCAUCUUGGCAAGCUACGAGCCUUUCCUUUCUAUUGGUUCUUCGAUUCGACAGACUCGAGCGAUGUUUGGCUGUUUCCACAGUUCAAGACAGAUGCUACUCGGAAUUCGGUACUCUCACGAUGGAUUGGGAUGCUGUCCACGAUCCUGCUGCUGGAGAAUACCAGUGGAGGAUUGUGGGAGUGAACAAGACCACGUCAGCACACAGCCACGUGAGCGAUCCAGACGCCGCCACGGAUCGUCACGAUAAACCCAUACAUUUAACCAUGUAUCAACCGUCAUAAUAAUAACACAACACCGUUUCAUAAUA